AUGUCUUUGUACACUCAUAAUGAUGCACUGAUGUGUAAGGUAUUUCCUUCAAGUCUUGGUCCCACUACUUUGAGGUGGUUCAAUGGAUUAAGGAAUGGCUCGAUUCAUUGUUUUUCUGAGUUGAUUCAAGAGUUUGGUGUCCGGUUCAUAACCUGCAGCCGAGUUCCACAACAUGUGGAUGCAUUGUUAUCAAUGAAAAUGAGGGCUGGGGAAACCCUCCACAGCUAUGCUAACCGAUACUGGGAGCUGUACAACGAGAUUGGCGAAGGCAAUGAAAAAAUCAUAGUGAGUACUUUUCGGUUGGGAUUGCUCGAGGAUUUGGAAUUGCGAGACUCGUUAACAAAGAGGCCUCCCGAGGAUAUAAGGCAGUUGAUGAGGCGUAUUGAAGAAUAUAAACGGUUAGAGGAGGACCGGUUGCAGAGCAAAGGUAAGGCCCCGGUCAUAAAUCAUCCUCGGCAAAACGGUUUCAAGUCAAGGCCCUGGAAGGAUUUGAGGAUUCAAGAGUCAGGGCCACAAAUUGGGGAAGUGAAUGUAACGUUCAAGGGGUCGGUGCACAGGAUUGUGGAUCAAAUCAAGAUCGAGCCGUACUUUCGGUCGCCAAACAAGAUGGGGGGUGACCCUUCAAGGAGGAAUCAAAACUUAUACUGUACUUACCAUAGGGAUAAGGGGCAUAUCACUGAACAGUGUAGGGUGUUAAAAGAUCAUUUGGAGCAGUUAGUGAAGGCGGGGUAUUUGAAAGAGUUCGUGGUAGACCCUAGGAAUCAGGAAGCCGGGCAGGGUGCUCGGCCUCGUGGGAAUCAUCUCCUACCCCCCAUUGGGAGUAAUAGAAGUCAUCCACACAGCUGCAAGGGCCACUCACGUGUCCAAGAGGAGGGGGGUGUUGGCCGUGGUACCAACGAAAAGCUGUGCGAGUGA